AUGCAUGUUGGUGUGAAUGUAGACGGGCAGUCUGAUGUAGAGGGGCAGGUAGAGGGUAAUGGUGUGCAAGGACAACGUCGGGGUGAUGUAGAAGCUGAUGAGUAUGAUGUUAGAAGUGUGAAUGGGUCCGAAGAGGAUGUAUUGACUGACCAUGGAGAUGAAGUGGGAUUUGAUAUAUUUGAAGCUAUUAAUCAAGUUCAAUUUGGUGGACCUAGGGGUUUAUCUGAUAGUGAUUGGGAAUCCGAGAGUUUGAACAGUGUUCUGGAAAGUGAGAACACAGAUGAUGAUAGGGAUGGGUAUGGAGAUUUUGGUGUUUUUUCAAUUCCCAAAAGUAUGGAACAAUAUAAAUGGGAAGUGGGCACGUACUUCACUGAGAAAAAAGAUUUUACAGAAGCUAUAAGAUCUUAUGGAGUAGAUAAUGGUAGAAAAUUAAAAGUUUAUAAAAAUGACAAAAGAAGAGUUUGUGUCAGAUGUUGUGGGGCAAAAGGGAAAUGUCCUUGGAAUGCAUAUUGUGCAUAUAAGACAACUGAAAAUACAUGGCAGCUAAGGAAAAUUAUAGACAAGCACACAUGCAGUAGAGAAUUUAACAUUCGUGUAAUGACUUCAAAAUGGUUGAGUGGGAGGUUAGAGAAGACUAUAAAAGAGAAUCCCAAUAUUAAUUUGUAUAACCUCCAUAACAAAGUUUCUAAGAAGUGGAACAUUGGUGUUUCUCUGUCCACAACCUUUAGGGCAAAAGCAAUGGCUUUUAAACAAAUAGAAGGUGAUUUUAAAGAACAAUAUAGAAGAGUGUAUGACUAUGCCAAUGAGUUGCUUCGGUCAAAUCCUGGUUUGGAUGGUUGUUUCUUAAAAGGAAAAUAUGGAGGUGAGUUGUUAACUGCAGUAGCAAGAUAUGGGAAUGACCAAAUGUGUCCUUUGGCAUAUACUGUUGUGGAGGUGGAGAAUAAGGACAGUUGGGGUUGGUUUUUACAAUUGUUCAUUGAUGAUCUUGGUGGUGUGGAGCUUUCUUCAACCAUUACAUUUAUUUCAGAUCAACAAAAAGGACUUUUACCAGCAUUACAAGAACUUCUUCCUGGUGUGGAGCAAAGGUUUUGUGUGCGCCACAUUUAUGCUAAUUUCAGGAAGAGGUUUCUUGGCCAAAUUAUAAAACGUCUAUUAUGGAAGGCAACAACAUUAACACACCCUCAAAGAUGGGAGGUAGUGAUGAGAGAAAUUAAAGAGGUGAAUCCAGAUGCCUUUAAAUACUUACUAGCCAUUCCACUAAGUUGGUCAGGACAAAAAAAUGUUGAGGUCAGACACAUUUCAAUGAUGAGUGACAAGUAUGUGGUUGACAUAUAUAAACUGGAAUGCAGUUGCAGAAAGUGGACUUUAACAGCCAUCCCAUGCUGUCAUGCACUAGCUGUCAUGCACUAG